AUGGCGGCCAGAGCAGAGAAUAAUGAUGGGACCUACGAUUACUCAGAGUCGAUGAAGCUGUCUCCGGAAGAAAAGGCUCGAGCGAUAGGCAUUCGAGCGGCGAUCCGAGAGGACGGCCGACUCAAAGACUCAAAGAUAUCGGAUUUUCUUUGUGUUCAGUAUGCCUUGACCGCCAAGCCAGAGGAAUGCUUGGAACGAAUCUGUGAUAAGGCAUUUCUGCUACAGAGCUUUCGUAAGGAGUACAAGAUUUGUGGCAGUGUGGAAGAAGGCAUCGAACUGGUGAAUCAAUACUCCUUGCAACACCCCGGCAAUUGGCUGGCGACAGAAUACAUACCCUUCCAAAAGAACUAUUUGGUAGUCCAAGACCUGGCUACCUUUCUACCAUCCGAGCAGGUCAAGACGGACGAGCACAAACGGAUAUUCCUCGGCGCAGUUUACUACCAGUGGAAUAGUCAGUUCCCAGACUUUCAAGCCAUUCGGGAAGGUUUCUCCCAGCUUAUUGAAUGCGAGGGAACGAACUGUUCCUUUUUGGAUCCGGAACUGACCGAGAUUGCCUUUGAGCAUUUUUUCAAGGGUUACCCACUCAAGCCAAGGGAGGUCGUCUUUCUCAAUGCUCCCGGAAUAGUCAACGUUUGGUGCGGAUUAUGGAAACGCUUCCUUCCAACCCAUGAACACAACAAAUACCAUUUGGGCCUUCAGCUGGAGGGAAUGGAAGGACGACGAAUAGAUGUCUUGUACAAGUGUCCCAACGAGGAAGAGGCAAGACAGAGAAUGGUCCGGAAUACAGGGAGAUUUUUGCGACUGCGACAUCGAAACGAAGAGCGGUUCCACCUUGCAUCAUCAUGA